CCUUAUCCCAGGUGUACGCAUGAUAUGGAGAGGUAUUGAUGCAACACUACCCUUCCUGCAGCAUUGGUGCAGUGCCGUGCUGGGCGUGGGUGCGGCGGCGGGCCGGCAGUGGCAGGGCAGCGGCGCCACCCCCGCGACAAAUCCUCGCUGGCCAGUGCCAGGCUCAAUAUGGCUUCACGGAUGCACUUGUGACAUUUCCCAAACAUAUAUUCGCUACAAUCCCAGAGGUUGUAGCAUGAGCCUGGGAACAUGCCCAUCCAGGCCCCCCAGUGGACCGAAUUCUUGUCGUGUCCCAUCUGCUGCCAUGAGUUUGACAGUGGACAGCGUGGCCCCAUCAGCCUCGGCUGUGGCCACACUGUGUGCCGCGCCUGCCUGGCCAAGCUGCAGCGCAACCAGUGCCCCUAUGACCAGACUGUAAUGCGACUGGAACUGGACCAGCUUCCAGUCAAUGGCGCGCUGCUGUCCCUGGUGGGGGCUGGAAGCACUGUGGAGGAGGGGGACCUGCCCCCUCCUCCACCAGUGCCUGCAUCCCAUACCACUAACUACCUCAUGGCAGUCAAGUGUAUCAAGGAAUUGGCACUCUUUCUCAAGCCCUUCUCUGGCUCGGGUACCAAUGGCUCCACCUCACUCUUAUCCCGGCCAAUGCAGAGGAAGUUGGUCACCCUUAUCAAUUGCCAGCUAGUGGAGGACGAAGGGCGAGCCAGGGCAGUGCGGGCUGCACGCUCCCUGGGUGAGAGGACUGUCACUGAGCUUAUCCUCCAGCACCAGAAUCACCAGCAGCUCUCAGCCAACUUGUGGGCAGCAGUGCGGGCUAGAGGGUGUCAAUUCCUCGGCCCUGCCAUGCAGGAAGAGGUGCUGAAGUUGGUUCUGCUGGCCCUGGAGGAUGGCUCAGCCCUUUCCAGAAAGGUGCUGGUGAUGUUUGUUGUGCAGCGGCUGGAGCCACACUUUCCACAGGCUUCCAAGACCAGCAUCGGACAUGUGGUGCAACUGCUUUACCGAGCCUCCUGCUUCAAGGUAUCAAAGAGGGAAGGUGAUUCAUCCCUCAUGCAGCUGAAGGAGGAGUUCCGCACUUAUGAGGCACUGCGGCGAGAGCAUGAUGCCCAGAUAGUCCAGAUAGCUACUGAAGCUGGACUAAGAAUUGCCCCAGACCAGUGGUCCUCACUGCUGUAUGGAGAUACUGCACACAAGUCACACAUGCAGUCCAUCAUUGACAAGUUACAGACCCCACAGUCCUUUGGGCAGUCAGUGCAGGAGUUAGUGAUAGCUCUGCAGCGCACUGGGGACCCUGGCCAAUUGUCAUCCCUGCGACCUCAGUUAGAGCUGUUGGCAUCACUGGACCCAGCCCCUGAUGCACCACCUCCAGGAUGGAAGCCAUGUGCGGCAGCCAUGGAGGCAGUGCGGGCAGUGGUAACUGGCCUUGUUCACUUCAUCCAGCACCAUGGUAACCGCAAGCUGCCAGAUGCCCACCAUCCCCACAAUGCCAAAUACAAGACCAGCAUGUGCCGGGACCUCACUCAACGUGGUGGUUGUCCCCGUGGCAACAACUGCACCUUUGCCCAUUCAGAGGAGGAGCUAGAAAAGUACCGCAAUCGCAGCCGCAAACAUGGGAAAGGCUUGGCUCCUCCCAUAGCUGCUCCAGCCCUCAAGACCCCAUCACAGCACCUCACUGUUCCCCCAGCACCUUUAACCCCUCACCCUCCUGCUGGAGUAGAAACCAAAAAUGGGGAGCAUCCACCUGCUGCUGGUCCUGUGACAAAAGUCACUGCAGUUGAUGAAUUGCUUCCAGUUGGAGACCUACCACCACCAGCUGCUCCAAUGGCCUAUGAAGCCCAUAAGUUUGUACACCUGCCAACUCACACACAGUCCUUGCCUGUACUGCCUGCCCCCACCCCCACCCCAGCCAUUAUCCAACCUGCUCUUGCUCCAACUCCAUUCCACCCAGCCCCAGUGGCAGAGUACACUUAUGGCUCCUUUCACUGUCAGCCUCCAGUGUUCGCUCAGCCAGCUCCUCCCCAGCAGGCCCUUCCAUCAGCUCCUGCAGCAGCCGUAUUCCCUGGCCAGGCAGCAGCCAUUGUGCCAGACUUGUAUGGUGGUAAUCCCCCAACAAUGCUCCUUAACACAGCUCCAGUGUACAACGUGACAGGGCAUACAAAUGAGUUUUGCAUCCCCAUUGCUAACACCAAACCUACCAACUCGGGCCUCCAUCCAUUGGUCUCCUGCUGGCCAGACACCAGUUGUGCUGCCUUCUGUGUUACCACCUCCCCUGCCACCACCACCUUGGCUCCAGCCUCCAUCAUGGCCUCUAAAUCUAUGGAGGAAUUAAAAGAGAGGAAGGAAGCCAUUAUGAACCAGCUGGAGACCAUUGUGGGCAAGGAGGCUACACACCAAGUAGCCACACGGAUUGCCAAUGGGGAGGAGCCCAACAAGCCUCAGGAAUUCACCUCCACCUACAGUAUCUGGACCUCUGGGGCAGACUUCUACAUAGCACCUAAGGGUCUUGAGAAGCCAUAUGAGCCUGCUGCUGGCUACCGAACCUUUGCUGCACGCAAGGAAGAGGGGAAAGGCAAGGAUGAUUUUAUCCCAUUUGAUCCUCCUUUGGUGAGUCGGUUUGGACCGAUCUCUCGCAUGUCCCGCACUGUCAUCCAGCCAGCCAACCCCAUCCAAUCGUCAGUCAGCAGUGCCACUGAGACCACCACCACUCCCACUGUGAGGCGUCCUGUGCCUGCCAUCUCCCCUAUGCCACAGAUGCUGUAUCAGCCAGGUGGGUACACAGUAGGAGUGAUGACAUGCAUUCCUGCCUCCCUGGAGCACAUGAACACCAUGGGCCACGGUAUUGUUGAUCCACUCUUCACUCAGCUGGAGUCCUCAGGAAUCCGGCCUGUUUCAGCAGACCCAGCCCAACAAGAAUGUUUGAGGCAGCAAUUUGCAGCCACCAGAGAAGGCAUGGAUGCCAUAGUGCUGGAUGAAAAGAGAAUGGCAGAGUUACAGGAAGUGCGUUUAAAGGAGGAGCUGAGUCUGGUCAUGAACGGAAUUGAGGUCAAGCGCAAGGAGAUGGAAAGCAAGGCAGCCUCUCAGGACACUUCUGAGAAGGACCUUGGGGACUUUGAAAAGAAUUGGAAGUUUGAUUUUGAGGAUGAGAAAGAGUGACAGGUGAUGAGGUGAGGUGCAGUACCUGUCCCUUGCUGCUACUAGAAUUGGUGAGUCCUGCUCCUACCCCUGUUGUUCCCUGCAAGCUGUGAUCUGAGUGAGGCCUUGCCCUCUGCUGUCUGUUGCCCAGGCAAGGGUCCUAGAGGUGAAGGUGUGCUGUGCUAGGACCAGAUAAUCAAAUAUACAAAAGAAGGGCAAGGGUUUUUUAGUGAAGAUUUAUGCAAUUUGUAUAUUUUUUGUGGAUGGGCUAAUCAGGGAUGAAGUUAAUGAGUUGUGCAGUAUUUUGCUGCUAUCAAGCACUCUAAACCAAGGAAUAGAUAUUUAAGAAAAGUGAAUGAAAGUAUGGGUUGCAGUUUGUGAUGGACUGCUUGUCACUUGUUAUGGAAGCACAUGGUCACAUAAAAUUUGUGCUCUUAUUGUUUUGUGGAGCUCUUUGGAAAACUGGUUGACAUUUCAUGGUGCCAGACAUCAGGUGCUUCUCUAACCUUCUGCAGCACCUUUUUUAGUAGAUAUUUUAUUUUCAGUCUCCUCUAUCUGGUUUGAUAUCCCUAAAGCCCUUUGGCAUGCAGGAGGAAGCUUUAUAUAUAUAUAUAU